UUUUUUUCAAAGCUUCAUUUAAUAUUAAUCACAUAUAAAUAAUAUUUUCAAUAAAUAAAUAGCUUAUUAGAGAAAUUAGUGCAUAGUCGCUUUGUUACAGAACGUAAAAAGAAAGUUAUCAGUAAAUAAUUUUAACAUAUUUUUGUAAAUAUUUUGUUUUUAGAAAAUGUUUCAAGGAUCAAACUACACAGAUGAUAUUCCAAUAAUUUUUUCUAACAAAUGGAAUUUGCCUGCUUUGCCCGUUAUUUCAAAAAAAUGCAUAAACCCCGUAUUACAGAUAUCUGAACUGUUAACACAACAUCAAUUCGAUUAUGACUAUAGCCUUGAACGAAAAAUUCUUGAGAAAAUAGAAGAAUGGAAAAUCAUCAAGUUUCGUAAAAUUGAUGAACGUGAACGAAGAAUCACUCUCCGUGAAGAAGUGAAACGACAACAAUUGAAAACAGAAGAGUCGAUACUCAAAGAAGAAUUAACAAAAAUUUCAUAUCCUAGUCCUGAUGGAAUUGAAAGUUGUGAAGACGAAUUAUUUGAAAAGAAAGUUAAGAAUCAAGUAUUUAAUAAUAUUGGAUCCAUUUUAAAGCCUACCAAAUUAGAAAAUCAAAAAAUUAAUUCAAAUGAAGCCUUAUACAUACCAAAAGGCACAACAAUAAAACGUAGCCAAAUAAAACUAGCUGAUUUUGAAAACGAUACGUCUGAUCCGUUUAACACCAUGGAACUAAAAACAAUGGAUGAUUUAAAUAUUUUAGAGCAAAUUUUAAAAGUAUCGAUAAAUGAAAAUCUAAGGUCUCAUAAUUCAUGUAGUGAAAACUCUUAUAAUGAAACAGAUUUACCUAGAAAAGAGGCUAAGCUUGAAAAACCUGAUUCGUCCACAUGGAUGAAAGCUGUUGACUAUGAAUUAAUUAACACAAAAAUGGAUGAAACCAAAGACUUAAAAUCAGAGACAAGCAUACCUAAAUGUGUACCAGAAAAUGAGUUGAAAGUUUAAAAAAAAAGUCAAAAAUUAUUUAAAUCAUCAGUAUGAAAAUUACAAACCAACAAAAAAUAUAAAAGGCCAUAAUUUUUAAUGAUAUAAUUAUAUUCAGAAAUUAUGUUUGAGAAUUAGUCAGAUGGGAUAUCCUAUGUAUAGAAUUGGUGAAUUGUUCAAUUUCACUUAAAUGAUGAUAAAUAAAAGAUAAUUGGACAUUUAAUUCUUCUAAAUGAAUUAAUGCACUUAGGAUUCGAAGAAAAGAAUAUAUCUAAAUGUAUUACUUAAAUUUGAUAAUAAUAAAGAAAAUGAUUUUUACAAAAUAUUUAA